AUGGAAAUCAUGAUAGAUGCAACUGCAGGGCAUGAAGCUUUAUCUUUCAUGGAUGGGUCGUCAGGAUAUAAUCAGAUUAGAAUGGCUCUAGAGGACGAGGAGAAAACAGCAUUCCGAACUCCAAAAGGUAUAUACUGUUAUAAGGUAAUGCCUUUCGGAUUGAAAAAUGCAGGUGCUACAUACCAGCGCGCUAUGCAAAGGAUCUUUGAUGAUAUGCUGCAUAAACACAUUGAAUGUUAUGUUGACGAUCUCGUAGUCAAGUCCAAGAAGAAAUGCGAUCACUUGAAAGACCUAAAGCUGGUACUUGAUCGCCUCAGAAAAUAUCAACUAAGAAUGAACCCUCUCAAGUGUGCAUUUGGUGUAACUUCAGGGAAGUUUUUGGGAUUUAUAGUGAGACAUCGCGGCAUCGAAGUUGAUCACUCAAAAAUUGAUGCUAUCCAGAAGAUGCCAAGUCCGAAGAACCUGCACGAAUUGAGACGAUUGCAAGGUCGCUUGGCUUACAUUAGAAGGUUUAUAUCUAAUCUUGCAGGUCGAUGUCAACCAUUCCAGAGACUAAUGAGGAAGGAUGCAGUCUUUGAUUGGGACCAGUCAUGCCAAAAUGCAUUUGAUAGCAUAAAGAAGUAUCUGCUCAACCCUCCGGUCUUAAGUGCGCCUGCAACUGGAAAACCAUUAAUAUUGUAUAUUGCGGCUCAAGAGACUUCGCUCGGGGCAUUACUUGCACAAGAAAAUGAUAAGGGUAAGGAAUGUGCACUCUACUAUCUAAGUAGAACUCUGACAGGAGCUGAAUUAAAUUAUUCUCCAAUUGAAAAAAUGUGUCUCGCCCUCUUCUUUGCAAUAGAUAAACUGAGACAUUAUAUGCAAGCCUUCACUAUACACUUGGUGGCAAAAGCUGAUCCUGUCAAAUAUAUAUUAUCAAGGCCAGUCAUCUCGGGACGCCUCGCGAAGUGGGCUAUUAUACUCCAACAAUACGACAUUGUAUAUAUCCCCCAAAAAGCAGUAAAGGGCCAAGCAUUAGCAGAUUUCCUGGUUGAUCAUCCAGUUCCAUCAAAUUGGAAGUUAUGUGACGACUUACCUGAUGAGGAAGUAUUGUUUAUUGAAAGCAUGGAGCCUUGGAUCAUGUUCUUUGAUGGUGCGGCACGAAGAAGUGGAGCUGGUGUCGGCAUUGUCUUCAUUUCUCCUGAGAAACAUAUGUUGCCAUAUAGCUUCACACUCGGUGAAUUGUGUUCAAAUAAUGUUGCCGAGUACCAAGCCUUCAUUAUCGGCCUCCAAAUGGCUUCAGAAUUUGGGAUAAAGUGCAUAGAAAUAUUCGGCGAUUCGAAGUUAAUCAUAAAUCAGCUCUCUUAUCAGUAUGAGGUAAAGCAUCAAGACUUGAAGCCUUACUUUAGUUAUGCUAGAAGAUUGAUGGACAGAUUCGACAGCAUAAUAUUGGAGCAUAUACCGAGAUCAGAAAACAAGAAAGCUGAUGCACUUGCAAAUCUAGCCACUGCUUUAACAGUCUCGGAAGAUAUACCAAUAAACAUUUCCCUUUGCCAAAAAUGGAUUGUGUCGUCAAUUGAAAGUCAAUACGAAGAAGCUGAUGUGAUAUCUGUACAUGCAAUUGAUGAAGAAGAUUGGCGCCAACCCAUUAUAGACUAUUUGGAGCAUGGAAAACUUCCCACCGAUCCUCGACAUAGAGCUGAAAUACGAAAAGAGGAAUCGACAAAGGCCUUAGAGGAAGCUCAUUCAGGUAUUUGUGGUGCCCACCAGUCUGGUCCAAAGCUCCAAUAUCAGUUGAAAAGAAUGGGUUACUAUUGGCCUACCAUGAUCCACGAUUCGAUGCAUUUUGCGAAGUAUUGUGAGGCUUGUCAAUUCCAUGCAAAUUUUAUACAUCAGCCACCAGAGCCGCUCCAUCCGACAAUAGCUUCAUGGCCUUUUGAAGCUUGGGGACUCGACCUGGUUGGACCUAUCACGCCUAAAUCAACGGCUGGUCAUUCUUACAUCCUUGCAGGAACUGAUUAUUUUUCUAAAUGGGCUGAAGCCGUGCCAUUAAGAGAAGCAAAGAAGGAAAACAUUGUAAAUUUCGUUCAGACACACAUCAUUUACAGAUAUGGUAUUCCUCAUCGCAUCGUAACUGAUAAUGGAAGACAAUUCGCUAACACUUUGAUGGACAAGCUAUGCGAAAAAUUUAACUUCAAACAGUACAAGUCUUCUAUGUACAAUGCUGCAGCAAAUGGAUUGGCAGAAGCAUUCAACAAAACUUUGUGCAGUCUGCUUAAAAAGGUGGUCUCUAAGACAAAAAGAGAUUGGCAAGAAAAGAUUGGGGAAGCAUUGUGGGCCUACAGAACUACCCAUCGUACUCCUACGGGUGUUACACCUUAUUCCUUAGUUUAUGGCGUUGAAGCAGUACUCCCACUAGAAAGAGAAAUUCCUUCCUUAAGAAUGGCUAUUCAAGAAGGGCUAACUACUGAAGACAAUGCUAGAUUACGCCUUGAAGAGUUGGAAGCACUUGACGAAAAGAGACUGGAAGCUCAACAAGCACUCGAAUGUUAUCAAGCACGAAUGUCAAAAGCCUUUGACAAAUAG